GCCGGAGGUGUUUAAAGAUCCAACGCCAUGGAGCUGGCUCACAGUCUGCUGCUCAACGAGGACGCUCUGGCUCAGAUCACCGAAGCGAAAAGACCCGUCUUCAUCUUCGAAUGGCUUCGCUUCCUGGAUAAAGUGCUUGUGGCAGCGAACAAGGUGGAUGUGAAGGAGAAGCAGAAGAAGCUGGUCGAACAACUGACAGGACUGAUCAGCAGUGCCCCUGGACCUCCAACCAGAAAACUCUUGGCUAAAAACCUUGCUACUCUCUACAGCAUCGGUGACACCUUCACUGUUUUCCAGACUCUGGACAAAUGUAACGACAUAAUUAAAAGCAAGGAUGAUACGCCUGCAUAUUUGCCAACAAAACUCGCUGCUGUGGCAUGUGUCGGGGCAUUUUAUGAGAAGAUGGGCAGGAUGCUGGGGAGCUCUUUCCCAGACACUAUCAAUAAUCUCAUGAAGGCUCUAAAAAGUGCAGAGUCCCAGGGAAGAGGAGAGAUUCUCCUCAGCUUGCAGAAGGUGCUGAGUGGACUGGGUGGAGCUGCGGCUUCAUGUCACCGAGACAUCUACAAGAACGCCCGUUCUCUACUCACAGACCGAUCGAUGGCUGUACGCUGUGCAGUAGCUAAGUGCCUGUUGGAGCUGCAGAAUGAGGCGGUAUUCAUGUGGACUACAGAACUGGAGAACAUGGCCACUUUGUGUUUCAAAGCCUUAGAAGGGUCUAACUAUGGUGUUCGAGUAGCAGUGGCCAAACUCUUAGGCACGGUCAUGGCCACCGCCCUCAUGCCCAAGCAAGCAGCAGUGAUGCGUCAGAAUGUAAAGCGAGCCACCCUGGACGAGGUGCUGGAGCUGAUGGCCACCGGGUUUCUUCGUGGUGGAUCUGGCUUCCUAAAGAGCGGUGGGGAGAUGCUAAAGGGGGGAGGAUCAGUGAACAGGGAGGUGCGAGUGGGUGUCACACAGGCCUACGUCGUGUUUGUCACAACACUUGGCGGCCAGUGGCUCGAGCGCAACUUUGCCACGUUUUUGUCCCACGUUCUGGACUUGGUGUCUCACCCCCGCGCCACUCAGACACACGUGGAGGCUGUGUACUCGCGCCGCUGUGUUUCCUUUAUGCUGCGCGCCACCCUGGGGGGUUUACUCGGAGAGAAAGCCCAAAUCGCCGCCGGCAAAGAAAUCUGCCAAGCCAUCAGCAAGCAAAUGAGGGCUGUGGGUAAGGAGGAUGGGGGGGAAAUAUCACGGUUCAGAGCAUUACAGAAGGCUGUUGUGAACGACAUGAGUGGCGAGAACAAGGCGGGGGGCGCCGACGUUUCUGCCAGUCAGCAUGUCAUGGUGUGUGCUCUGAAAGAGCUGGGGAGUUUGGUUCAGAGCCUGAGCACCACCGCGUCCCCGCUCAUCCAGGAGCCUUCUGUUGGACUUCUUGAGACCGUGACCUCAGUGCUGCUGCACCCGAGCAUGGCGGCACGCUUGGCAGCUGCGUGGUGUCUGCGCUGUGUCGCCGUGGCUCUGCCCUAUCAGCUGUCCCCUCUGCUGGACCGCUGUGCAGAGAGAAUCGACAACCUGAAGAGCUCACCCGAAGCCGUGAGCGGCUACAGCUUCGCGAUGGCGGCUCUGCUGGGGGGAGUACACCAGUGCCCACUGGGAAUCCCUCACUCCAAGGGCAAGUUGGUGGUGAGUAUAGCUGAAGAUCUUCUGCGUACAGCAGCGCAGAAUAGUCGGCUGUCGCUGCAGCGCACUCAGGCCGGCUGGCUGCUGCUCGGAGCCCUCAUGACUUUAGGGUCCUCACUCGUUCGCUACCAUCUCCCCAAAAUGCUGCUGCUGUGGAGGAACGUGUUUCCUCGCUCCCAGAAGGAGCUGGAGGCUGAAAAGGCCAGAGGGGACUCCUUCACCUGGCAGGUCACCCUGGAGGGUCGAGCUGGAGCUCUGUGUGCCAUGCGUAGCUUUGUGGCUCACUGUCCCGAGCUCCUCACUGAAGAUGUCAUCCGCAGGCUGAUGACGCCCAUCGAAUGUGCCAUGACCAUGAUGUCUCACGUUCCUGCCAUCAUUAAGGUCCACGGUGCUCACCUGAAGGCCAGUGCAGCGAUGGUGAGACUCCGGUUGUACGACAUCCUGGCUCUGCUGCCUCCUAAAACAUACGAAGGGAGCUUCAACGCCCUCCUGAGGGAGCUGGUGGCGGAGUUCACUCUCACUGACAACUCGGCCAACACCACCACCUCUUUGUUGCGCUCUUUGUGUCACUAUGACGACAGUGUGCUCAUGGGCUCCUGGCUGCAGGAAACGGACCACAAAUCUAUUGAGGAUCAGCUGCAGCCCAACAGCGCGUCUGGCAGCGGAGCUCUGGAACACGACCCCUCAUCGAUCUACCUGCGAAUUCCUGUCGGUGAGGCCAUCCCAGGUCCUCUUCCUCUGGGCGUGUCGGUCAUCGAUGCUUCGGUGGCUCUCUUUGGAGUGGUUUUCCCUCAUGUCUCCUUUAAACACAGGCUGCAGAUGCUGGACCACUUUGCCGAGUGUAUAAAGCAGGCUAAGGGAGUUCGCCAGCAGGCCGUCCAGCUGAACAUCUUCACUGCUGUGCUCAGCGCCCUCAAGGGUCUGGCUGAGAACAAGAGCACUCUGGGCCCAGAGGAGGUACGCAAGUCGGCCCUGGCCCUGGUGAUGGGAGCUUUGGACAAUCCCAAUCCCAUUCUGCGCUGUGCUGCUGGAGAGGCCUUGGGUCGGAUGGCUCAGGUGGUGGGAGAGGCCACCUUCAUCGCCAGAAUGGCUCAGACCAGCUUUGACAAGCUGAAGUCGGCCCGUGACGUGGUUUCUAGGACGGGUCAUUCGUUGGCUCUUGGCUGCCUGCAUCGAUACGUUGGAGGAAUCGGUUCUGGUCAGCAUCUAAAGACCAGCGUCAGCAUCCUGUUGGCUCUCGCCCAGGAUGGCUCCUCUCACGAGGUUCAGACGUGGUCUCUGCACUCUUUGGCUCUGAUUGUGGACUCUAGUGGUCCCAUGUACCGGGGCUACGUGGAGCCCACCCUCUCUCUGGUCCUCACCCUGCUCCUCACCGUGCCUCCUUCUCACACAGAGGUUCACCAGUGUUUGGGUCGCUGCCUGGGAGCGCUCAUCACCACCGUGGGACCAGAACUACAGGGAAACGGAGCCACUGUUUCCACCAUCCGCUCGUCAUGCCUGGUUGGUUGUGCCAUAAUGCAGGACCACUCUGACUCGCUGGUCCAGGCUGCUGCCAUCUCUUGUCUGCAGCAGCUGCACAUGUUUGCUCCCCGACACGUGAACCUGUCCAGCCUGGUGCCCUGUCUCUGUGUGCACCUGUGUAGCUCUCACCUGCUGCUGCGCCGCGCUGCUGUGGCCUGCCUCAGACAGCUCGCUCAGAGGGAAGCGGCAGAGGUCUGCGAGUACGCCAUGAGCCUGGCAAAGAGAGCGGGAGACGGCAAAGACGGCACAAUCAAUCUGAACAUCACAGAAACCGGUCUGGAGGGCGUUCUCUUCGGUAUGCUGGAUCGGGAAACGGACAGGAAGUUGUGUUCCGACAUCCACGACACACUGGGCCACAUGCUGUCGUCUCUCGCUGUGGAGAAACUUUCUCAUUGGCUCAAACUCUGCAAAGAUGUCCUCGCAGCAACUACAGAUGUAGGGGGAGCCGUUGCUUUCGAGGUGGAAAAAGAUGAGGACUCUGAGAAGAAAGACGAGAUCGACGAUGACACCAUGUUCACAGGCCUGGGGGACGAUGAGAAGUCCAAGCCCUCUGUGGCGCCUCGCUGGGUGACGCGGGUGUUUGCUGCAGACUGCUUGUGUCGGAUCAUUCUGCUAUGCGAGAAUUCUGACAGAACACACUUUGACCUGGCAGCUGCCCGCUCUGCACAGGCCAAGAAUCCCAAAGGGGAUCUGCUGGUGCUCCAUUUGUCUGACCUCAUCCGUAUGGCCUUCAUGGCAGCCACAGACCACAGUAACCAGCUGAGGAUGGCCGGUCUGCAGGCCCUGGAGGACAUCAUUAAGAAAUUUGCGUCUGUGCCGGAGCCUGAAUUCCCAGGACAUGUUAUCCUGGAGCAGUACCAGGCUAAUGUUGGAGCUGCUCUCAGACCGGCAUUUUCACCUGAUACACCGUCUGACAUUACAGCUAAGGCGUGCCAGGUGUGCAGCACAUGGAUCGGCAGCGGCGUUGUCAGUGACCUUAACGACUUGCGACGGGUACACAACUUACUCGUGUCAUCGCUGGACAAGGUGCAGGCUGGGAAGGGCUCCUCCAGUCAGCUGUACAGCGAGAGCGCCACCACUAUGGAGAAACUGGCCGUGCUGAAGGCAUGGGCUGAGGUGUACGUGGUGGCGAUGAAGAUCAAGAAAGAAGCAGAGUCCAAGCCCGCCAAACCGCUCAGAAGAGGAGACGAGGAUGAAGAUGAGGAUGACCUGGGCACCGAUGUUCUUCCUCCUGAUAGUCUCAUUACUUUAGUGCAGCCAGAGCUGCCUUCUCUCUCCCGCCUCUGGCUGGCCAUGCUGCGGGACUACGCGCUGCUCACCCUGCCUGCUGAGUUCUCGAGUCAGCUGCCCCCCGAUGGCGGAGCCUUUUACACCCCGGAGACCAUCGAUACGGCGAGGCUCCACUACCGCAGCUCUUGGUGUCCCGUGCUGCACGCUGUGGCCCUGUGGCUGAACAGCACCAGGUUUGGAGCUGGUGAAGAUCAAGAGGAGGUCUCAUCAGCUCCAUACAAGGCUCCUGAAGGCUCUUCUAAAGCAAAGACCUUUGAGGAGUCCGUCAGAGACCGGAUGCAUCUUUUGUUGGGUGUCAGUAUUGAGUUUCUGUGCUUCCCCCGACCGGAGGAGCCCAUUGAACACGUGAUGUCCUGCCUGCAGGCUCUGUCCACGCUUCUGGAAACUCCAUGUGCCAAGACGCACAUCUCAGAAGACCAGCUACUGGCAGUGGAGCUCCUGAAUGUGCUCCACAGGCUGCUGCUGACCCGGGAUCCUCCCGGUGUCCAGCACCAGGUCACCACCGUGGUCCAGGCCACCAUCAGGGCUGCACUGGACCACCUGCAGCAGCAAAGGACCAUCAGAGGCAAAGAGGAAGACGGGGAAAAAGAUUUCAAGUCCAUCUUAGGAGAAGGAGGAGACACAGGAGAGCUGGUUCCAGGGAAGUCUCUGGUGUACGCAGCCAUGGAGCUGCUCGUGUUUCUGCUGGUACGCCAUCUACCACAGCUGAAUUCACGAGUGAAGGAGUCGCCCAGCCAUGUGCCUCUCAGGCCUCGCAGACUGCCAGAGGAAAGCGCGUGUCUGGUGGCAAACACGGUUUCUAUCCUGGCAGACGUGCCCUCGCUGUGCUCUCCUGCUGGAGUAAUGACCAUCCUACCUACGGUGCUCUUCCUAAUCACCGGAGUUCUGAAGGAGACUGCAAUCAAGAUGGCCGACAACUCUGUCUCCAUUCCAGUGUCGGCGGCGCUGCAGGCCAUCAAGACCAUCAUCACCUCACCGCUGGCCCAGGCAGAGAGUAUUCAGACCCAGUGGACCAGCCUCGUCAGAAGCAGCCUGGCUUCUGUGCUGGAGUACUCGCAGCCAGACGAGUCCAGACCCGACAUGGACGAGGUCAGUAUGUUGACGGCCAUCACGCUCUUCCUGCUGUCGGCCAGUAGUGAACUGGUUGGAGUGGUGGUUCUGCAGAACGGCUGCAUGGAUCGGUUCCGAAAUGCCCUGAACUCUAGUGACCCCUGGGUCCAGGCCCGGUGUUAUCAGCUGCUGCUGUCAGUGUUCCAACACCCCAGCCGAGCCCUCUCCACCCCUUACAUCCAUGCCCUGGCUCCACUCAUGGUGGAGAAGCUGAAGGCGGUGGAGCGCAGCCGGCCGGGGACGGCUGCUGAGCUUCAGGCUGUGCAGGAGGGCAUCAGGGUGCUGGAGAAUCUAGUCGGCAUGGGCGAAGAGAAGAACCGAGUGCAGCUGCUGGCUCUUCUUGUUCCAACUCUCAUCUCGUACCUUCUGGAUGAAAACGCCAUCUCGUCUGCACCCCAAGUGUCUAAAAGCCUGCACGAUUUUGCCCUCCAGAACUUGAUGCGUAUCGGGCCUCUCUAUCCAGCUGCCUUCAAGACAGUAAUUGGUGCAGCACCUGGGCUUAAAACUCGUCUGGAAUCUGCUAUCCGGGCCAACCAAGCCAGCAGCAAAGCCAAAGCUGCAGCGAGACAAGCUCAGCCAACUGUACAGGCUGCACCAACUAUUAAACUCAAGACAAACUUCUUUUGAACACGAAAGUACUUUACACUCUUAAAAUAUAGUUGGUGGUCUUUAUUGUUUGUUUUCUGUCCACUGUGUACUUACUACACGCCAUAUCUUUCCUUCACUAUAGUUUUUUAAUGUAUUUAUUUAUUCUAUUUCUGAUCUAUCUUUUAAUAGAUAACCAUUCACAUUGAAGUAAAAAAGUUACAUUUCAUGAACAAACACUGAAUGUUCAUCUUUGAAAGGUUGCUUUAAAAUCUCACAUUUUAGUAGGUGAAUGUAUCACAAUCAGACCUGAUUUCUAUUUAAAGAGCAAGUCACCCUAAAUCAACUUUUCUUUGCUGAUAAACUAUAUAAACAAGUGUCUAAUGAUGCUGUACACACGUGCAGUCAAUAAAUUGGCUCUUUAGUGCAUCUUAUUUGAAAUUUAAAUAUUCUGCCUUAAACAGCAAGUCACCCCCAAAUCAGCUGUUUUUUUUUUACUGAUAAACUGUAUGAGUGUCUAAUCGUGCUGCAGACACGUGUUUUCAAUAGUUUAGCACUUUAGUGCAUCUUGGUUCAAAUUUAAAUAUUCCGCCUAAAACUGUCAGUGUUGUGCCGUCGUCAGGUAAAAAACUGCACUGCAUUUGAAUUUAAAUCUGGCCCCACUAUUGGCUAAGAGGUAAAUUAUGUUAGCUGGUACCUUAUGAUGUCACAAUGUAUUGAGCCUGUGUGUGUAUUUGUUAGCGACUCCACCCUCUCGGUCUGCCAGUCAACAGCAUCUGUUGCAUUUUUCAAACAGGAAGUGGAAGUGGAGUAAUACGCUGGUAGGGGGUGACUUGCUCUUUAAAGAGCAAAUGCUGUUGCCUAGCAGACCGAGAGGGCGGAGCUGCUAACAACACACACACACACACACACACAGAGGCUCACAACGACACAACGCUGACAGUUUUAGGCUGAAAAUUAAAAUUUUAACUAAAAUGCUUAAGUGCAAAACUAUUGACUACACGUCUGCAGCGCGAUUAGACACGCAUUUAUAUAGUUUCAAAAAAAAUAAGUUGAUUUGGGGGUGACUUACUCUUUAAGUGAUCUGAUUUAAAGCCCUCUGAAUGCUGAUGUUUGCUGUUUAUUUAUUUUCAAUGAAUUUGCAUCAGCAGUCUGGCAAUCAUUGUGUCAAUGAAUUACAAUUGUUUGUGACCUUUCCACUGAUCUAUUGAGUGUUCUUGUGCUUAUUUGAGAGUUCAGCAUUUUCUUUUAGUUUUAACAUUCCUCCUAGAAGCUGUCAAACAAAAUGAGAUUACUUCUGGGCUUUGUAUUGAGCCAGCAAUGAGAUUUUUACUACUGCUAAUGGAAGUAUUGUAGUAUUUGGGGGAAAACACGUCGUUUGUUGUAUGUGCUGCCUAAUAUAAUCACUCAAGGAUGAUUUUAUUCCCCAACUCGGUGUCUUUUGCUAACAAUCUUCUGUCCGUCUCAGCUGUAAACUCACCUUGGCAGGUAAAUAAAAAUGUAAUAUUUCA